ACUGCCUCUGCCCUGCCCCCCCCAACACACACCACCCAGCAGCACCAUGGCUCAACAACCAAUCAGUCUCCCGGCGAAGCUGAUAAACGGUGGGGUUGCCGGGAUGGUGGGGGUAACCUGUGUGUUCCCGAUCGACCUCGCUAAGACCCGCCUACAGAACCAGCGCAGCGGCCAACCGGUUUACAGGAACAUGAUGGACUGUCUGAUUAAAACGGUCCGAUCUGAGGGUUACUUCGGCAUGUACAGAGGAGCAGCAGUCAACCUGACCCUGGUGACGCCGGAGAAAGCCAUCAAACUAGCAGCUAACGACUUCUUCCGUCACCAGCUCAGCAGAGGAGAUUCGAAGUUGAGUGUGUUUAAGGAGAUGCUGGCGGGGUGUGGAGCUGGAGUGUGUCAGGUGAUCAUCACCACGCCCAUGGAGAUGCUGAAGAUCCAGCUGCAGGACGCUGGGAGACUCGUGGCACAGAGGAACCUGGCAGUGGUGCCAAGCGCAGUGGGCGGAGCAACCAUGCUGAGCUGCGGCUACAUGCGCCCAGUUUCAGCCAUGCAAAUUACCCAGGAGCUGCUGAGGACCCGUGGCAUCCAGGGCCUCUACAAGGGCCUCGGGGCCACACUCAUGAGGGACAUCCCGUUUUCCGUGGUUUAUUUCCCGCUCUUUGCUCACCUGAACCAGCUGGGGAAACCCUCCGAUACAGAAAACGCUCCGUUUUACUGGUCCUUCGCUUCAGGCUGUGCGGCUGGAUGCACGGCGGCUGUAGCGGUCAGUCCGUGUGACGUGGUGAAGACAAGGCUCCAGUCGCUCAACAAAAGUGCAAACGAGGAGGUGUACAGCGGCGUGGUGGACUGCGUCAGGAAGAUCGUUCAUAAGGAAGGUCCAUCGGCUCUGCUGAAGGGCGCCGGUUGCAGGGCGCUAGUGAUCGCUCCGCUCUUCGGAAUUGCACAAGUGGUUUACUUCAUCGGAGUUGGAGAAUUCGUCCUGGGCCAAUACCCCUUCAACGCCUACUCAGCCUAAACCCAACCACUGGAACCAUCUCAGCAUUAAAGCGAUAGUGCAGUGAAAACCUCACUUUACAGUGAUGUAAAUCUGAUUUAUUUCACCACGCUGUCCUUUAACGCGACGUGUCUGAGGCAGCUAAACCCUUGACUUUAUCUGACCAGAGUGUGGAGAGUGAUGUGGUGGUGUAUGGUCUGAGUUGGAGAUGUGUACAGGAAAUGCUAACGUUAGCAUGUACGGCUGGCUCGCUCGAAGCCGAGACAUCAUUGCACUUGACAAUGUCGUUUUUAUUUUCCUUCGGUUUCCCUCAGUGAGGGAAUGAAUGUCAGGUCACGUCUGCCACACUCAAAAUAUUAGAAAACAUCCUGAGUUUUUCUCUCUGUUCGUCCAUUUAUUUGCUUAAAGUUUUUGGGUCUUUUCUGGGGGCAUGGAAAGGGAUCUGAGUUCUGUUUAUCUCAUGCUGACCCUGUUUAAAGGGUGCUGGCAUGAGAAAUGUUUACUGAUGGUCGGCAAGGGAUCAGUCUGGAUUCGCCACUUCUGUUAAACCUCUGUUAAUGGAUGUAGUCUAUUACUAGCUAUCGAUCAGGUGACUAAUCCAGGUCCAGAAUUUACAACCAUAAAUAUAAUCUAGGACUAGGCUUAAUCCCUGUCCAGAAACCCAACCACCAAUCUUCUUUCAUCUUCAGAAGCUUGUUUAGGCUGUACAUUUCAGAUUUGGCAUUGGAUGACAAUACAAACCAGGAGUUUAUCAUAUUUUCUUUUACAUUAAUACAAAAACUUAAAUUUCAACAGUAAUCAGACCUAAACACAUUUUAUGAGAGUCCAAUCAUCCCUUAGUACACGGCAUACCUCACAAACGACUACGACCUACUGGUCGAUUCCGGUUCCAACUACUGUUUUUCACUUUUACCCGUUUUUAAUGUUGGGUUGUUCUCGGGAUCAGGACAACACUGGUUAUGGGGAGGUGCAAUCGGUGUAGAGCAUGUUUAAAAUGACAUGCAUCAAGAGACACUUGAUCACAGUUUUACUGUGCUUUUUAUACCUUGAAUUUGGAUCACAUUGCUGACCACUGAAACAUCAGAAUGGUUAUAUUGAUUAUUUCGUCGCUGUCCAAUGAAAAACAAGUAUCUCCAAAACCGCAACCGAAAAAUAAAACCAAUCAUUGUAAAUUUUGGAGAAUUUUUAUCUAUAAACAGUUGUUUUGUUGAAAUUGUGCAUUGUUUUUUAUUGCACAGCGACAAUAUCAUUUAGGAACCUGGUGUACGAACGUUUUUGGUGGAGCAGGUCGAUCCAAAGAUUUCUCAGUAACAGUGAACAAGAAAAAUCUGAAUAAAGAAAAUGUUCAUCUGUC